CGCCGCCGAGGCUCACCAAGGUUCCAUUGUUGUGGCAAAGGUGGAAGUGGUGACUGCGCCUGGCGUUGCCUUGAGAACGCCAGGACUCAUAGUGGCAAAAUGGGCCUCUCCCCGACGCUCCUCUUCCUCCUCACCACAAAGCAAAGGGCACCCCUUCCUGGUGGAUGUAGGGGCAACAGGUGUCGGAUGUCCCAUCCAGAACUUUUCGGCGUCCGCUGAACGACUCGUGGCGGAACCGGCCCUAAGUUCGUCAGAUUCCGCCGAUGUCUUCAGGAACAUGGAUGUCAUCAAUGUCACUGCCUUGCCCAUGUUGCCAAUGGAUGAGCACCUGACUGUCUCCCUCGUGACCCGGAAGGCGGUGGAGAAUGCCCUGAGGAAGAGUCUGGAGGACAACCCACCCCCCUGCAUUAUUGGCUCCAUACAGCGCGUGAACCAAAAGAUUGCCGAGCUCAGUCUGAGUCCCAAACCGUUGGCCAACAGCCUGGCAAUUGAGAGAUAUGAGUUGGAGAAGAAGGCUUUGAGAGAGAAAAGUCAAGACGGCCUGAGAAACAGAGACAAGAGUCGAAGCAAAUCAGAGUUCAUCUGCAGAGGCUCCGAAUCCAGGAGUGUCAGACCUUUCAUUUCUAAAAGGAAAAUAGCCCACAAAAAUCUCUUGGCAGAACUGUACCAGUACACAUCGUUGAACAGCACCAUACCAAACAGGCUUCCAAACGGGGUGCACUUCUGUGACAUGGUGGGCAAUGUGGUCCGCUCUGAGAGACACCCCCUCAGUGGCAAGUCUUUCUGUUCAGAUAAAGAAUUAGAGAAGUUUCUCUCUUCUCCUUCUCUAAGAGCCAUAUGGCUGGAUAGCUUCUGGUGGAUCUUUCAUGAGAGGUACCAGCCCAACAAGGAGUUCCAGAAUAAAAUGUUUGAUCGGAUAGCCCAAAACUACGCCUUUCUCUUAUUGUGUGAAUCCAAGUCCCACUACGAAGAGGCGCUCUUAAAAAAGCUGCCAUCGCUGCUGAGUAAAGCUGUGUAUACCAGCUUCUGUUGCUGCUUCCCUCAGUCCUGGUUCAACACGCACGAAUUCAAAUCGAGCAUCUGUAACACGGUGAGCCUGUGGAUUUCAGGCAUCUACCCUUGCCUACAGAGCUACAACAGCUGGAACUAUUCAGAACUGGAUCCAGAGAGAUUCCGGAGAGAAAAAUUAAUUUUGCAGAGAAGACUGUUAAAGAAAAGAGAGUUCUCUUUGUUCACUUCUAAGAGAUAUGUCUCCCAGACAUCUAUCCAGUACAAGAAAGUUCCCUACCCUAAGUCUCCUGGUCUAAGUUCAACCACUGAGAAAGACUCUUCGGCCAAGAAGAAUUCAGCAGAUACACCCCAAACCCAGAAUGCCACAAAAGAGCAUCCUGGUCAGACUCUGGUCUUGAGGAAAGCUGCAAAACUAGUCAAGAGGAUAUCAGAAGCAAGAGAAUGUGAGAACAUGCUUCCCAAGCAGUCUCACCCAGCGUGCAAAAGCCCUGAGCUGACUUCAAACUUCUUCAACAUUUACGGGAAGAGUCCUCUGAUUGUGUACUUCCUCCACAACUACGCCCACCUGCCCCAGGGUGGUGAAGACGUGUUGAUAGUCAGGAGCGAAAGAACCAGGAGCAUCCCUGAGUCCAUGCUGACGUAUGCUGAGGUCAUUGACCUGACCCUGAGCAACAUGAAGAAACGGAGGGACAACUUCCACCACCUGAAACGGCUCCACUGGAAUGAAUGGAAGUAUUUUGAUGUGUAUCUAAGGGAACUGCAAGAAAACUUCCUCAGGGAUGUGAAGAAUAUCGAUCAAAGAGCAUUAGAGCGAAAGAAGACAAACCACAUGUUCAUCCCACCUUCCACCUUGGUUGAGGACUCCUUUGACAAGAAAUCUAGAGGAAGUCCUGAGAGGGAGACUGCAUUUCUUUUAAGGAAGGAAAAGGAGGAGAGGCAGAGAGAAGUAAGAGAGAAGCUGGACCGCUCUCCCUUGUCACUAUCAGACCUUGACUAAUUCUCUCCCCUGGAACUGGGAAGCUCCCUCAGGAGCCCUGAUAUUUCUACCAGGGAGGACACAAAGAAGUGAAAACCAAUGCAGAGAAGUGAAUCCAGCUUCCUUAACCCCUCACCUUCUAGCUCUCCUGGAUGAACCCUUGUCCAAGAAUGGGGACAACUAUUGGCUGAAGCCUGCCCAUGUUUUUGGGUCUCAUCGAAAGCAGAAACAACAAAACAAACAAAACAGUAAUACCACAACACAUGUAGUUGUUUCCAGUCCAUGGGACAAAGAAUAUUAAAGUUCACUUCUACCCUUGGACAA